AUGGCAGUGAAUGCAGUUGUAAGCACCAACGGCACGAAUGGUACACAAGGAACUCAAAAUUCAACUGUGGGAACUCAAAAAUCAGUGCUUGAGCAAAACGAAACCGCGAGUUUAAUCAAAGAAAUUGCGGACGCCGAGAUUGAGAGUGAGAAAAUAAAAAAACAGAAAAGAUUGGCCGAGAUUGCGCUUAACAAGGCGACGGAAACCCUUGCCAAAAAUCAUAAGGCGUCAAUCACUCAGAUUGAAAAAAUGUCGGAACGAUUGGAAACUAAAGCCCGGCUGGCCGGGAAGCUUUCGAGUGCAAAAAUCAAAAAUGUGCUUGCCAACGCGUCGCUGGCUGAGAUGGUCAACCAACUUACUGCUGACAAAAACGCGACCGCUCAGGACAUGGAGCUCAUUGAGUACAACAGAAAAAUUGCGUUGAGGGACAAGAUCGAUGAAAUAAAGAGGAAGAAAGCAAUUGCCGAACUCAAAAAGUCACUUGCGGAAAAGAGAAGAAAGGUUGAGGCCGACACCAUCAAACAACAAAUCGAAGAGGAGAAAGCGCUGAAGAAGGCUCGGCUUGAGUUGGUUCAAAAGUUCGACAAGGAAAGAAAGGAGAGAAAAGACUCACUCGUCAAUAAAGAGGUUGAGAUGAGAAAGCUUCAACAACUUGAGUUGGAAAAAUUCAAUAAGGAACUUGAGGUCGAGAGAAAGAUGAAGUUUUUGACCAUAGAGUCGACACAGAGAGAACUGUUUAAUAUGAGAAAAGCAGAGGAGAUCAAGAGGGAAAUUGUCAAGCAAGGCAUCCAAUAUAACAAGCUUCUCCAAGAAGAAAACUUGAAGAAAGCUGAACAAAAGGCAAGAAUGAUUGAAGACUUGAAAGAUAAGGCGGUUACUUUGAUGUUGCAGAAGGAAGAUUUUAUGAGAAAGAGAAAAAUCGAGUCGGCAGAGUUAAAAAGCGAGGUGAUGACAGCGAAGAGAGAAGUCGCAGAGGCAGAAAAAUUAGCGAAAAAGGCAAUUAGAAGCAGAAGGAUCCGUAGAGUUGCACUGAGAAACGCACAGAUCAAGGCGAGACGAACACAAAUUAGAUAUUUGAAGAUCAAGGCGCUCAAGGAUGUGUUGUCGAAAAAGUUACUUGCAGAACAGACAAUCUAUAAGAAGAAAUUGGACGAGCAAACAAAAAUUAAGGCGCUUGACUGCAAAGCCAGAGAUUUGCUUAAACGACUUAAAACCGUUGCAAAAGUUUACGACGAGAAGAGUGCCGAAACUUUGAAAAAGAUCAGAGCUGAAAAGAAAGCCCUUUUGAUUAGAAAAAUGUUACAAGAAAAAGCCGACGAGAUAAAUGAGAAGAGAACAUUGAUCAACUCGUUCAAGUUAAAAAUCCACAAAUUGGAAGAGGAGGAAAUGCAGAAACAGAUGCAACUGAGUGGUGUUGAGAAAGAUAUUUUGAAUCAAAAGACGUUAGCCAAAAUUAUGGUUAUGAAGAGAAUAAGAGAGAGGAGCAGACAAAAGAGAAUCAACGAACUCAAGGCUAAGUUGAACAAGAUGUUCUUGACAAAGCGCGAGCUUCUUUGGAAGAAGAGGUGCAUCAGAUUCAGAAAGGUAGCGAACAAGAAGAUGGACGAGGAGGCGCGAAAGAGAAAGAUCGCGCGUAUUAUUUGUGGGAAAAAGGUCAACCGCAACAAGUUGACAAAAUGUUACGAUUUCAUUCAUAACAAAUAUCACAACAUGAUUCACAAGCCCGGCAAGCCCGGAUUCAGCUGCCCAUUUGCUGGUAAAUAUGGAAUCACAAAGUGCCAACCAAUUGAAUUGCCGUAA